CCCAAGUGUCAAGCCGUGAACUUUACCUUACGAUAUAAUUGUAACAUUAGUUAGGUAACAAGUGUCUACUUUAGGGUAAUGCUGUAAUAUACUUUUAUAGAACCAUGUCACAUCACUGGCUACUCAUCACUUUCUCCUGGUUUGGUAUCGCCAGGCUCCAGCACAUCAGCACUGGAGGGCCUGGUGCUGAUGCUGUUCUGGACAACGUCGAUUCCACACUCCACUACCCUUUACCUUACAUUAACUACUUCAGCCUGCCUAGAAACGAUUUCGAAAAUUACCAGAACGAAGCGUCAAACAGCGAAAAUUACAAUCAGUAUUAUCACAUGAGCGAACACGGACAAUCGGAUCUACAAAGAAAGAGACGGACUGCUGAAGACAAAGAGGAAGUAAAGGAUAAACGCUGGCUCCCAAAUCUCGUUGAUACAGACAAAACCAUAUAUCUUCAUAAUGAUGAAAUGAUCGGUAAUCCGUUUCUCGCAGCAUUCAGUAACAGAGAAGACGAGAAUGCCACAGAUAUGAAUAUUUUAGAACCAUUGGACAAGAAGAGCUUCAGCCCAUGGGGAGGCAAAAGAGAUAAGCCAAAUAUAGAAAACGUGUGGACGUGGAAACGUGCUUCUAAUAUGCGCGAACCGAGUAUGCCGAAAAGAGUUCGUUUCAGCCCUUGGGGUGGUAAACGGAAUGGCCAAAUGGUUUAUAAACCAAGCUCGAAGGGUUCGAAGAUAAUUUUCUUAUCGACAAUGCCAGAGGUGACUCGCGUCGUAUCAAAUUUCUCACCAAAUGGUGAAAGAUUCGAUUUGGCCGGCUUCCAAUUCGUUCCGAGCUUGGACAAACGUCAUCCAAUUAAAAUUCUCGCAUUGAGUACCAAAUUGGACGAGAAAACUCUUAAAGAAGCGUUACCGUUCAAAACAUUUUUGGAGUCCUUACCGAAAAUAUAUAAACCAGGCCAUCCGUACUUAGAUGUAAGUUUGAAAAAGGACGGCAAGCGAAAAGUGAAGUUCAGCGCAUGGGGCGGAAAGCGAUCUCCGCCUAUUAUAGGACCCAUGUGGACUCCUGCAUCAUCUGACAUGACAGAGUCAACUUUGAAUACGAUACUUUUAAUAAGGAAGAAUCAAGAUGAUCAGAUAUUGAAGGCAUUGUAACAAGGAAAUAUUUUGAUCUCGUUUAUUUAAUAGCUCUCAAACUUUAGAGAUGAUCUCUAUAGCUUCAUAUUAGUGCCAUAUAAGUGAUUCUAAUAGUGAUUAGAAUGAAAAAGAAAAUAUAAAAAAAAAAUAGUCUGGGAGCUAUAAUUUUGUUUCCGACGAUAGGCUGGGAUCGUCAGAUACAAAAUGAAAUUAUGCACUAUAAGUGAUAUUGUUGUUAUAACUUUGUUACUCUUAUUUAUUGUAAUAUCUUGUUAGCAAAUAAAGAAUAUAAUAAGUUGAGUUUUGAUU